UAAUGUAUGAACUUCGUAAUACAGUAAAUGUUACAUACAAGACAAGACUUCUUUCUUUCAUCAACUGCCUCAUUCUGGGCUGCAGUGAUCUCCAGAGACGUGUAUGCACCAGGAAUAAAUUCCUUCGUUGUGGACUUGGACCAUUAAUGUGUUCGCUACGUGCAAUUCACGAUAAAGAACUACAGGUCCAAGUUUCAGCAUUCACUAGUCAUCAGCACAGAGAUGAGAUGGAAUUAGAAUUAACAAAGCAGCCAACACCUCAUCAGUUGUUUGAAACUAUACUCAAAAAGACAGCAGAUACGCCACAAGCUGUCUGGUUCAUCUCCAUGCUACGAAAUCUUGCACAGCUAGAUGUGACAAAUCCAAAUGAGGACAAUAUUUGGAAAGCUCUUGAUGCACUUUCAUAUGAAGCUACAUUGCCUGUAUUCUCAGUCUACAAAAAACAUGAACACACUCAACAAAAAUUUAAAAAAUGUGUUGAGAACUGUUGUAGUAUGAAUGUGCGACAAUCUCAUGAUAUCUGUGAGUCAUGGAUGGUGUCUACCAAGGCUGAAGCGGAAGAUGACAGAAAAAUAAAGCAACUCAGUCAUCAAGAUAAACAGCACCAAUUAUGA